AUGGAAUCCGAUAAAUUGAAUGAUUUAAAUAGGCAAAUCAAUGAGAUUAAGAAACGCAUUUUGUUGGCCGAGGGCCAAAAGACAGCCAAUGCCGCGGAGUGGCAGAAGCAGAAUCGUAUUAACUGCGACACUAUUGGAACACUGAAAAAGGAUAUAAAGGAGCUGACCAUUAAGGUAAGUCGUCUGCGCCAUCCGCUGCAGCGGCCUGUGGUAAUCAAAGACACCAGCUCUGAGCCGCGCAAAAAACAGAGUGCCACGCCCACCAUUAUUGUGGGCAAGGCGUCUUAUCCAAUUGGAGCCAAGAAUGCCGAUGAUGCCAUAUUUUUGACUGAUCUCAAGAUAACUGAGAAUCGUAAGCAGAUGGAUCUACUGCGUCAUCGCUUCAAGAGCCGACAGCAGCACUUCAGCAGGUUGGUGGAGAAAUACCGAGAGCUUCUAGCGAACAAGGAGGCGCAGAGUCAAAACUUGGGCGAGAAGCUACCGGAGACUCUCGAGGAGGACGCCAAUCGAAAGCUUGUUUGUCAGUUGGAGAACGAGAUACAUCGCACGAAUGUACAGUGGAUGGAAGCUGAACACAUACGCAAGAAGUACCGCUCAAUCGAAGCAUCGCUCAUGACUGAUGCGGAGCGUUUCGAGCGGAGUUUGCGCGAACUGGAGCAUUCACUCAACGAACAAAAGGCGGAGAUUGAGCGCCUGCAACAGGUGCACAAUGAUGCGAUUGAAAUGCGUGAUGCGGCAAAGGUGAUACUGCAACGGCAGGAGCAACAGGCCAAUCUCUCACAGAAGACGCGCGAGCGGCAAGCUUUGGACUUUCGAAAGCAGGUGGAGGCACGUAAGCUGGAGCUGGAGCGUAUUGGCCGGAAGCUGUUCGCUGAGACUAAGACGCUUGUUCAUCAGGAUAGUGUGGGCUCUAGCUCGGGCGACCAGCACACGGCCAAGACGGAGAACGGUGAGGAGGAGCCGGUGUCGCAGCUCGAGAGCGUUACGAGCGACAUGGAAUCCCUAUUUAAGCAGCUGAUGGCGGCAUCCGGCGCCACCUCACCCUUCGAAGUCUUUGAGCGCUUUAGCGCCCAAAAGGAGUCGGCCGCACGUCUCACUUAUUUGCGAAAGGCAGCUGAGGCCGAGAAGGCCAAUCUGGAGGCAGAGCGCGAGGCGCUGACUAGCGAGCUGGAGAUAGCCAAGUUUUCGGACGUCAAAGAGAGUGAAGUAAAUCAGGAGGUCAUCGAACAAAUCAAAAAUAAUAUAGCUGUCAUGGAACAGGAACGCCAGAAGGACACAGAUGCCGCUGACAAGUCCAUGGGUGUGCUCAAAUAUCUUAAGGAGCGCAUUUGCGAGAUGAUAUUCAAGGUGCAGGAGGUGGACGAGACAAACAUCGACAUGAAGGAACGUAAGCUGCACAUUAGGGUCGCGGAGUUGCCCAACUUUUUGACACAUGUGGCCCAGGAUGAGGACUUAAUUGAGAUCCUUAAGUUGAAAAUUAAAAGCUGUCAAGAGCUCAGCAAACCAGAAGACAUACCACCACUUGAAAUACCUAAUCUCGACCUAGAGGAGGACGAGGAAGACGGUUACCAGCUAGAGCCACCCAAAUCGCCAUCAGUGCCCGAGGGCGAGAAGCCGCAGCCCAUGCCUAUGUGCUACUACAACUUGUUUGCGGGACGUUCACAGCGUGCGGCGGGCACUUCUUCGUCUUCGCCAGAACAGGUGCCGGCAGUAGUGGCCACAACCGAUGAUGACAAUGAGGUGCCAUCUCGCAACUAUCUCAAACGCCAAUCCGUGCUUAUUGUGGACUCGAAGUCACGACGGAAACCAUUCCGACCACCACCCGGUGGCAGGCGCAAGUAGUUUCAGAGACAGAGC